AUGUGCUUGCUUUUGAGAAAACCAGUAGUCUUCAGAUUAGGACUAGGAAUAAUUAUCGUGUUUAUUUUGUGUUUACCUGAAUUUUUCAAAAUCCAUGAAGCCAACACUGUCAUGGUGUCCUGCAUGGAUACCUGCUCAUCAAGUAACAUCACUUUUCCGCUUUGUACUUUUAACAAUUCUUACAAAACAUCAGUGCAACAAAGAAGAGAAACCCAGACUAUUUUGCUGAAGGUCAUUAUAAAUAAUACCAAUUUCCAAAACAUUCCAUGUAUUUGCCAGUCGUCCUGGAGGGAACAACAGUCCCACCCUAAACAGAGAGAGUGUGAAUCCAAGAGGGAUGUGAAUGUUGAUCAUCAAGGAUCAGGGUCAGUAACUAAAGAAACAAAAGGCUCGCUUGAAGUGAAAACAGAAAAUGUUACUUAUUUUUAUAAAUAUUUUAAUUUCACUACGGUUUCCAAGAAAGAAGUGGAGCAUAAUACAAACUACCUGAUGGAAAUCCACAUCAACAAUUCUAUGGUCAGAGGACAAAACGCAGCCAACAAACAACUAAAUCAUUCUUGUCUCUUGGCAAUGAUGGAAGACCAAAAUGACUGUGUAAAUAUUUCACUGCAACUGAAGUCUUAUAUGGAAUAUCCAAUGUGUAUGACGAAGAUCACUUGGCUCACUAUGAUUGCAGUAGUUUUUGUAUUUACUGUUUCAAUUGUCAUCUACAAAAUAGUCCAAGAAAAUAAACGGAACUCAGAUUAUAAACAAAGAGUAGCAACAUCAGUUUCUACUGUUCUAAGAAGAAAGAGUUCCAUACAUGCAAGAAGAACUGUAUCUGCUACUAAAAUUCAUCCUUUUCCUGUGAACACCAGCAAACAACAGGCUCCACUUCCUGCACAGACCACAAACAGACUAUCUGUAAUUCCUGAACAAGAGCAUUGUCACGUAGAACAACUGUAGAAGGUAUCACCCUAUGAAAUACCAGCACUUCUGGAUCAAAGAAGACACAUCAUACACCACAGAAGAAAGCAUCCCCAUUACCAGCUUGGGGGGCUAUGUUAUCCAUCUUUUCAUGGGAAUAACAAUUAUGCAUUUUAGUUGACAAGUUCCAUUUUUCCCAUCAUAAUUACUUUGUGUUAAGAAAAUAUGAUUGAUGAACAGGCAUAUUUUGCUGCAUAAACAACUUUGAUAGCAGAGUAUAGAUUUCACAUCUAUUUUCUGUUCAUUCAGGAUUCAUAUUUAGUUGUAAGGUAAUCCUUAUGAUAAUUGCAUAUUUUUAUCAGAGCAUAAAUUUAUUUUAUAUAUUCUGUAGGAUAAGAAAUCUGUAUAAAGCCAUGAAUUAUCCUCUACUUUCAUGAAAUACCCACAAUUUUCAACCUACUUAUUGCUCUAGAUGACUAAGAUGCCUAAAAGAUACAGUUUCUGGCUGUUGAGAAGGGUGGCCAAAGUAUUACAGAAGGAAAGAUUUCAGCAGCAUGUUAGUUUCUGCAGUAAAGCAGGAAGACCAUGAUAAUUUGUGCAAUACCUUAGUGGAUAAAGAAAAAAUGUGGAAAAAUACUAAUUUGGCUUCAAAUCACAAAAUGGUUAUUAUAGAUUUUUGAUAACUCAUUAAGACAGUAAAUGGGUUUGUACUUUUUGAGAAAUUGCAUUUCCAUCUUUUGUUCCAGCUUGGAUCAUUAGCAUUCCAACCCAUUAUCUCUUGGAACCUUUCCUUACUUUCCAUUUACUGCUGCUCCUCUGAGUGCAGUGGAGCUGCUUGGGCUGAGCAGGGUCCCAAACUCCUUUGGUGCUAACAAAUGAUUUGUGGGUACAGCUUAGCCAUCAGUCACUAGGCAGAGACAGAAAUUGCCAGGACUUCAGGCUCCCUUGUGCUAAAUCCAUCAGGAUGAACAGAUUGUAAACUGCCCAUUGCAAACACGAUAGGCAGCAAUUUAGCAUCCAGUAAAUACUUCAUUACCUCCAUUCCUUACAUUUAUACAGCCUUUCCCUCCUGAAGCUUUCUGAAAUUGAAUUUUCCAGUCUACACUGAGCAGUUCAGAUUUAAUAGGAAUAGUUGUGAAAAUUAGCUAUGUUUGAGGGCAUAUAGAUGCUUUUCGCAUUUUGUUGGAUAAGUCUGAAACAUUUGUUUCUAUUUUUUUUA